AUGCCUGCACACCCUGACGCUGACCUCUAUCCAGAAGCCAGUGGCCUGGCUAAGACACUGGUUGAUCAACACCAAUCCGAACAGCCUCUGAAACUAUAUGCGGGAUGGUUUUGUCCAUUUGUGCAACGAGUCUGGCUAGCCCUUGAAGAGAAGGGGAUUCCUUACCAAUACAUCGAGGUCAAUCCAUACAACAAACCAGAGUCGCUUCUGGCUUUGAAUCCUCGCGGUCUUGUUCCGACUCUCUCAAUUCCGAAUCCAUCACGGCCUCUGUACGAGUCUACCGUCAUUCUAGAAUAUCUGGAAGAGGCAUACCAAGAUCACAAGCCAAGAUUCCUGCCAGAGGAUCCGUACGAACGCGCCCGAGCCCGAAUUUGGAUCGACUAUGUGACAUCUCGAAUCAUUCCAUCCUUUCACCGUUUCUUGCAAUACCAGUCUGCGAAUGGAAGCGACGCAGAGACGGGCUUGGAUCGAGCUCGACAGGAAUUCUUGAAUCAUCUCAAGGUUUGGACCCAGGAGAUGCACCCUGAUGGACCCUUCUUCCUUGGAAAAAGUAUCAGUCUACCUGAUCUGGUGCUGGCACCUUGGGCAGUCCGGCUAUGGGUGUUCGAUGAAUUCAAGGGUGGGUUGGGAAUUCCUGAUGGGCCUGAUAGGUCGAUUUGGGAGAGAUGGAGAACCUGGCUAGGUGCUAUCGAGGGUAGGAAGAGCAUUAAAGCCACAACCAGCGACACUGGGCAUUAUCUUCCGAUCUACAGGAGAUAUGCAGACAACACUGCUCAGAGUGAACUGGCAAAGGCAACGCGAUCUGGUCGCGGGGUCCCAUGA